UGCAGUCUGCUAAAGUUUUAAUUGCUUUUAGUUUUAAAGAGUGUCGAAUUGAAUAAAUGUAUCUGUAUAAAUGUAACUCCCUGAUGAAGGCAACAAAGCAGUUUCCUACCAGUAAAUUUACAUUUAUGAAUAUGGAAUUUGGCAAGUAAAAUAAGACUAACUAUACACACACACACACACACACACUGCAGGAAACCAAAAUCUUCAUUAAUAUUUUCAACAAUACAAUCACAGGUUUUACCAGAAAUUGGACUGUUUAACACAAACCUGAGCUGGAUAGAAUUUAUGAAUGAAUUUAAAAUAGAUGUCUUAAACUUUGUUGGUGAUAAAGUAAUAAGUAUUGAUUGGGUAGAAGUCAGGCUCAAUAAACUGAACUCCUCAUUAAGUUACAGUGUACUUUUACCUGCUGGUUCUGGACCUGCAGUCUCACAGCAACUCAAUUAUUGUUAUCUUUCAAACCCAAAACCACAAAAACAUUUGCAUUUGUUUUUAAAACCAGGUCAUUGUGUGCCUCUCAAACAAUCAGCUGGGCAGUUUUCCGAUUUCUUUUCAGAAAUAUGAAAUAGGCUAGCAGCAAAAAUGCGGGGGAAAGCUACUCCUAAAAAAACCUCGCCCAGGGGCGCACAGGGCAAUGCUAACAUCAACAUUAAAGCCCGAGAAAAGACACAUUUAAAGGUGUUAAAACAAAUAGGGAGAACGACUAAAACUCCCACUGGGAAAGGACUCGGGAAAGCAGGAGCCAAGCGUUUGGGCCGACUAUUGAAACGAGCCAUCCAGGUCCAAGAGGAGGUCACAGCAAAGGGGAAAGUCUCUUCUCUACCAAAGACUCCUGUUCGUCUUUUCAAGCAUCAGAUUCAAAGUGGGGCCGAGAAUGCCCCCAAGACAAACACUGCAAGGCCAGCCUCGCCUCAGGUCUCCCAGCUCAUCCUCAGUGUGGUUUCUCAAUGCAAACACCGAGGUGGCAUGUCUAUGGCCGAGCUCAAGCAGACGCUGGCUGCUGAGGGCUACAAUGUCACCAAGAACAGCAGGCAGGUGAACGUGGUGACCAAAAGGCUGGUUAACAAUGAGACACUUGUACGAACUACAAGAAGUAUAUCAUUCAGACUCAACAAUAAGACGGACACAAAGCAAGUAAAACCAAAAGGAGAUGUGAAGCAGGGCAAAACAGCCAUCAAAUCCUCCAAAGAAGCCGAAAAGUCACAGAGACAAGCCAGAAAGACUCCCAAACCAAAAAGCAAGACUCCCAAACCAGCAGCCAGAUCGCACAAACCAACCGGCAAAACUCGUAAAGCGGUAACCAGGUCACAAAAACCAACCGGCAAAACUCGUAAAGCCGUAACCAGGUCACAAAAACCAACCGGCAAAACUCGUAAAGCGGUAACCAGGUCACAAAAACCAACCGGCAAAACUCGUAAAGCAGUAACCAGGUCACAAAAACCAACCGGCAAAACUCGUAAAGCAGUAACCAGGUCACAAAAACCAACCGGCAAAACUCGUAAAGCAGCAGCCAAAUCGCACAAACCAAUGAGGAAGACAGCCAAACCAAGAAGAAAAUCACCAAAGCCAGCAGGGAAGAAACGCAGAUCUGCAACAAACCAAACCGUACGGCUUCGAAAGGGACCAAGGAAGGCCCAAACGGCUCGGAGACGCCGACCAAAGCAAAAUCAACAGCCGUAUAAAACAUCCCGGAAAAGACAGCCACCAAAACGGAGGCUUCCAACAACGAGACCAAGGAUGAGAACUCGGCGACGCCCGGUUACCAGGAGAGCAGCUUACUACUAUUAGAAUUAGCAUUCAGAGUAAUUAAUGGUGAGCAGUAAUAAACUCAAACCUCUCCAGCAA